UUUGACAUUUACGAAAUUCGGCCACUCUCGAUUUAAUCCAACCGAAAACACCAACCAUCAAACUACUAACCUCAACACAGCAGUCCACCGAAGUUCUCUGCGCAAAUCAACCGCAACCAUGAGAACUUACGAAGACACCUUCUCUGGCCAGAGAAUCUACCCUGGCAAGGGUAAGCUCUACGUCCGAGGCGACAGCAAGAUCUUCCGAUUCCAGAACGGUAAAUCCGAGUCCCUCUUCCUUCAGCGAAAGAACCCCCGCCGAAUCUCAUGGACUGUUCUUUUCCGACGACAACACCGCAAGGGUAUCUCCGAGGAAGUCGCUAAGAAGCGCACGCGCCGUACCGUCAAGUCCCAGCGAGCCAUCGUUGGUGCCUCUCUCGAUGUAAUCAAGGAGAAGCGAUCUAUGCGACCGGAAGCCCGUUCCGCCGCCCGCGCCCAAGCCAUCAAGGAGUCCAAGGAGAAGAAGGCCGAGGCUGCUGCCGCCAAGAAGUCCGAGAAGGCCAAGAGCGCCGCUCAAGCCUCCAAGGGCCAGACCCAACGUAUCGUCGGCAAGCAAGGAGCCCGAGGUGCUCAGCAGAAGGUCCAGGCCAAGACCCGUUAAGAUUCCCGACUUUUGCGUUUAAGGGGGUAGGGAGGAAUUCAUGAGGAUAGAAAGGGGGAACGAGAUGAUAAUGAUAUGUGAUUCAUGCCCAUACGCAUACAUACAUCUCUAGUUGGUAACCUCUUGCGUCCGGCGGCGUCUUCGGUGGGAAUUUAUUUAACCUCGAUUGCUGAAUAAAAAAACGAACCUGACACACAAAUACUCACUCGCGCGCGCGCAUUUGUGUGUAAAAUGCGAACAUCCAUUCGGUUAAGGGAGAGGGAAAGGAAUGCAUGCAUGGAAUCUCUCAUGGCCAUGGGAAUUCUAUCCUGGUAGCUUCUUAAUACCAGCUCGUUCUACGGUCUGAAUUUGUGUUCUUGCUCCUACGGUCCUUCUGUGUGAAUAUUACUGUGCUAGGUCGUUGCCUUUUUACCUCACUAAUCCUAAAGCCCUCCGAAGGGGUAUUUCUGCAUAUUUCUACGUAGGUCAUUCGAUAUUUACAGGAUAAUUCACAUUCGGCAUCUCAAUU